AUGUUCACCGAGACGCAGAAGAUGCUCUUUUUCGCGCUCGUGUAUCGGCAGUGGCAUGUUUGCCAUACUGGUUGCUCUACCAACAAGCACUCUCGGCAGCAGGCCAUGCAGGGCUGGGUGCGCCGGGAGUCGACUGUCGCGAGCGCCUAUAUCGAGCAGGCCGCUAAAGACACGGUGCUUGGGGAUCAAGCCUGGGUUUUGACUGGUAUAUGUUCAGCGUUGCGCGGAUUCGUACUGUGGGGUGACACGCCGUACUGGCAGUCCCAGGGCUGA